GUUUUCCUCUCUAUUUUUUUUAUUUUUCGACCCUUUUUCUCUUUUAAAUAAUUCAGCAAAAUGGACUUUUCACCACAUAAACCAUCGCCUGACGAAGACAGAAAGACACGUUUACAACAGGAACGUAAAUCAAAAGGCAAAUCACGAAGCACAGCGACAACAACGAGUGGAGGGGGAGUUAAUCGUGGACAGUACGAUCCGUUACCAAACAGUUCAUACCAAUCAGGUGCAACAGCUACGGGCGGCAGUAGCAGUAGCAACAACAACAACAACACUAGUGGCUUUGAUAAUCCUUCGCUUUAUGAAGAAGGUCUUUUCUCGCAUGGCCCAAGUUUACGAGGUGGUGCACCAGGCGGUACAGUUCGAGUCAACAAGUAUGAGACACGUUUACCGAUACGAGUUGAUGUCGAGGCCGCAUUGGCUUAUGCAUUAGGGCCCAUUACUGGCAUCCUAUUAAUUAUACUUGAAACCAAAAACGACUAUGUUCGAUUUCAUGCUUGGCAGUCGUCUGCGCUAUUCUUGUUCCUCAUGUGCGUCCAUUUUGUCUUGAUGUUCAUCUCCAAUGUGCUGUCUUGGAUGCUCUUUGCUUGCGAUAUACUCCUCAUUCUUAGCCUUGGGUAUCGUGCGUAUUUGGAUGGUGCAUCGUUAGAACGUAGUUAUGUGCCCUUUUUCGGCCAAAUGGCAGCAGAAUGGGUGGAUACUGAAUAGUAAUUACUAUUACUACUACACAUACAUACACACAUACAUACAUAUACUCGAUAUACCAAUUAGCAUCAUUAUCUAGGAAAAUACUAAAUAUCUAAAACGCUGUAUUAAAAGGUUUGUAAAGAAGAAAAAUAAGGCUAAGAGGAGAGCUACGGAUGGCAUGGAUCUGUGUUGUGGAAAUAUGCAAAACUAUACAUGGCAUAUAUAUAUAUAUGAGAAAUAGGCAUAACUAUAAUUGAAGAGCUGGACUUCGUAUUUUUUUUUUGUUCUCGGUAUUGCGCGGAGCUUUUGUCGAGCCGGCGACUGGUCGACCCCGUGCGUCUAAUUUUUUCCUCCUCGUUGUUGUUGUUGUUGUUGCUGAUGGAUUAAGAAAGAGUGGACAGGGUUUGUGCGGGAAGAGGAAGAAGAGUUAGAAGAUUUGUUGGGGUGGGG